AUGGGUUUAUUUAGUAAUUAUUAUUUAUAUAACAGACAUGUCAAAGCCAUCAACCCAAUACUGCUGAUUGACAUGUCUACAUCUUUACUGUUCUACAAUAAUAUAAAAGACAGAAAAAAUAAAUCAUUUAAGUUUAUCUUAAAUAUUUUAAAAUACAUAAAAACAACACCAAUUUUUUUUAAGAAAUUUAACUUUCCAAUUAGUAAAAUUUCGCAUGUCAAAACUAUCAAUAUAAACUUAUAA